AUGCAAGGAUGGGCAGCUGGAAUGGCGCAGGACCGCGCGCCUGCCACUGACGGUUUCCGGAAACUCGUGUAUUCAUGGGGAGCCAACGAGGAUGGGCAGCUGGGCACGGGUGCACUGGCGCACUCAGCAGCGCUGCAGCUUGUGCCGGCGCUGGCAGGGGCGGACGUGGUGCAGCUGGUGGGCGGCAGCAGGAACUCCCUCGCCCUCACACAGGACGGCCGGGUGUUGGUGUGGGGGUGGAACCAGCGCAGCACGUUGGGCCAUCCUCCCGCCCCGGCCGCCCCGAGAGAAGCUGUCCCCUGCCAGGUGGAGUCGCUUAAAGACGAGAAGAUCGUGCAGGCAGCCAUUGGCGGGUGGCACUGUCUAGCUGUAAACGAGAAGGGGACUGCUUUCUCCUGGGGCGGCAAUGAGUACGGGCAGUGUGCAGCCAAGGUAGCAGACAAGCUGCACGGCAACAAGCUGAGCGCGCGCGACAUCCUCUCGCCCUUCCCCUGCGUGCCACAGCUGCGCGUCAAGCAGGUGACAGGGUUGAUUGAGAGCAGAUAUGGGUUAGAUGAGAGCGGUGCAAGCAGGUGUGGGCAGGCGAGGGCAGGUGCAGUGCGGGUGGAUCCGUGGUGUGCACGAGGGAGGGCUUCUCACCGCAGUGUUUCACCCAUCUCCCCGGUUGUCUUUGUCCCACCUCUGCACUGUAUCUUAUACCCCCGUGCCGUGCUCCCAUCCCGCCAUGGCCCCAUACCGCAUCAGGUGGCAGCAGGGGGCACGCACUCAGUGGUGCUCACGAGGGAGGGCGACGUGUGGGUGUGGGGUCAGCCCUGGCCGCCCGCUGACGCGUGA